AUGUCAACAACUAACAACAUAGCCCAGGCUCGGAAGCUGGUGGAACAGCUCCGCAUUGAGGCUGGAGUCGAGAGGAUUAAGGUCUCCAAAGCCUCCUCGGAGCUCAUGAGUUACUGUGAGCAGCACGCCCGGAAUGACCCCUUGCUGGUGGGAGUGCCUGCCUCAGAGAACCCCUUCAAGGACAAAAAACCUUGUAUCAUCCUAUAGCUCUCUCCUCCUGUGCAUAUAUAGCCUCUCUCUUUGGCAGGGCCAUCCCCAUUUAAUAUCAAUUUCAAGCCAAACCUGUCCUAAGUCACAAAAACUCUCAGCCAAAAACAUCCCCAGCACCACUGCGGCUGUAGCCACCACCACCACCAUCACCACCACCAUCACCAUGAGGAGGGGCAAACACUAUGCUUUGCAUUCUGGUGGAAAAUCAAACCCAGCGUGCCCACAAGGCGGGGUCAGCAUACCAAUUUGAAGCAGACUAAAUGUUCCUGGGAGGAAGGGGGUAGGGGCAGGGUUGUGAUUUUUUUUUUUUAAGAUUCUCUAUUGCCAUUUAAAUAGUGGUUUCAAAAUAGGAGUGAGUAGAGAGAAAGGAGGGAGACCUAGAGUGACUGCUAGUUAUUAGGAGACCCUCCAAGCAUCAAGGUCAAAGUGGACCUAGAUUGUAAUUCUUCCUUGACUGGCCUGCCAUUCAAAGACUCCAGUUAGAUUGGCAGGAGUUCAGAUUUAAAGGAAUUGCUCAUUCUUUUAAAAAAGAAACCUACUCUUUCAUUUAAAAAAGAAAAAAUAUGGAAAUUAUGCAUUGCUAAAAUAAGACCAGGGGGAGGCUGUUUUGACAACAGUGUCCUAUAAAGGGAUAAUGAAGGCAUGGAUUGGGGGGGGGGGGGAAGUGGGGCAGAGGGUGUAGGGAAGGGAAGUUACCCAAGGAUCACAGCAUGUAUUUCCCAACUCACACAACAUAUGGCAUUUGUAUCUUUACAACCACAUUGCGGGCAGGAUUCUCUAUAGCACCCUAGCUAUCAAGGGAAUCAGUUGACAGUGGCUUGA